AUGAGAGCCUUUCUAAAGAGCUCGGAGGGGUGUUUCCAGCUGAAACCCCACACCACGACCAUCGGGAGCCACAGAGGGGCCGACAUCGUCCUGCAGUCCGCAGGCGUAGCAGAUCGUCACGCGGCCCUGGAGUUCUCCGCCUCGGACAACAGCUUCAUCCUUCAGGACUUCAACUCCCCCCACGGCACCUUUGUCAACAGCUGCCAGGUCCAGAAUGCGGCCGUGGGGGUGAGGCCAGGGGACAUCCUGCGCUUCGGCACCGCGGGAGCGGCCUUCGAGCUGGUGCUGGAUGGGGCUGCCCAGGUGUCCUGUCCCCCCUUGAAACGUCGCACAGGGUGGGCGGGGCAGCUCCAGGUGGUUGCAGAGCCCAAACCCUCGGCUCCCGUGUCUCCCCCCCGCCUGCCCUCACUGCAGUGGCAGCAUCCCCCUGGCUCUCCAGGCAGUGGCACUCCUGGAGCCCUCGGCCACCAGCCCCAUCCUCCUCUGCCGAGGAGACCCCUGAGCGCCUGGGACAGGAGCGUGGCCAGCACUGCCUCUCUGGACACCUUCAGCCGGAGCUCUGCGGUGAGGCCAGUCUCAACCAGCUUCUCAGGUGAUUGUGCAAGCAGUGUGGGGGGAGCCCCUUCCCUGGGGACUCACAACACGGAUCUCCUCCAGCAGGAGAAGAAGCUGCUGCAGCUGGAGAAGGAAAUGGGUCACCUCUCUGGUUUGGAAACGGAGUCAAAGCGCAAAGACGUGGUGAUAAGAGAUCUGCAGGAGGAGGUCGCGGCCAUGGCAAAGAAACUGGCCCAGGCGGCGGCGAGGAACGAGGUUGAACUGACCCAGAAACUGCUGGCCUUCAAUCAAGAGCUGGGAGCCAAAACAGAGGAGAUCAAAGCCCUGAGGGAACAGAUCAGUGACCUGCAGAAAGGCUCGAGCCAGGUUUUCAGCCAUUCCCUCUAUGAAAGAGACCUGGAGAUCGGGAGGCUCCGGAGAGAAAGCGAGAAGUUGAAGAAGGACCAGGCUUUGAGUGCAGGUCUGGUGAGCAGCCUGCAAAGGGAGGUCCUGCAAAAGGAGCAGAAAAUUCAGCAGCUCCAGCAAGAGAUUGAAAAACUGAAGAAGGAAAAUGGAGAGAAGGACAACCAGCUGGCAGUUGUUUCUGCCAAGUGCUCGAGAAUAAAAGAGGAAACGAAGCGUGACCUUGGAGAGCAAGAAAUAAUCAGCUGUCGAAAUCACAUUGGGGAGCUGGAACGGGACCUGGAGGGGCUGCAGAUGGAAAUCCAGAAGCAUUGUGCCAAGCAGGAUAGCGUCCAAAAUCAGCUGGCUGAGAAAGCCAAGGUGAUAGAGAAGGUCAGGCAAAUCUGUGAUGAGAACCAGCAGAGUCAUGAGAGGGAGAAGUGUCUGCAGGAGGAGUUAAGCUCCAGGCUCAUGAAGGAGAAGGAGGUGUCUGCAAACAUUGAGGUGCUCAAGAAUUCCCUGCUGGACCUCCAGGCUUGCCUGAGGAGCUCCUGCAGCAGCACCAGCCUGCAAGGGAAGCUGGAGCAACUGGAGGUGGUGUCCCUGGAUCCCUCCAUCUCAGCCAUCAGGACAGCAGUGGUGGACAUGGCACGUGUCCCCCUCUCCUGGCUGGAGGACAUGGAGCAGCUCCUGGCCAGUGCAGGGCUGGACCUGUGCACCUCUGGCCAAGGGUUGUUGGCUGCUUUCAGGAGCUUGUUGGAAAAGACUCAGGAAGUGGCACAGAGGAAUCAGCUGUUGCAGGAGCAAUUAGAGAGGCUCCAGCAGUCACAGGCAGAGAUGCUACAGGAGCACACAAAGGAGCUGGAAGCAAAACAUGAGCAAGACUUGGAGAUAAAAAUCCAGCAAAUUAUCCUGGAAAAGGACAAGGAGAACAAAGAGAUUCUAGAAAGCACUCUCGCUGAGGAGAAGGACAAGUGUAAGAAAUGUGUGGAGGAAGAGCAGAAGAAGAUCCAAGAGCUGGAAAGCCACCUGAAAAGCAUGAAUGAGGCAACAGCAAGGAAGGCAGAGGAGCAGGAGGUGAUAGAGGGCAAACUGAAAGAAGCUUUGCAUGAGCUGGAGGAAACCACUGCCCGAGAGGUGUUGCUACAGCAGCAGGUGCUCGUGCAGGAUGAGCAGCUCAGGGCUGUCCAGGAGGACAAGGAGUUACAGAGGCAGAAACUGCAGGAAGAAAUAGCAGGAUACAGGGAGCAAAGCAAGCAGCAUUCCCUGACCAUCGUGGCUUUAGAGGACAGGCUGCUGGAGGCCACACAGGAGCAGAAGAUGCUGGAGGAGGAAAAGGCAGCACUUGUGGAAAAAAUGGAAGUAAUUCAGCGCGGUGCCCACAGGUCAGCAUCAGGAGCUUGGCUGGAGGUUUGUCCUGCCAUGGAGUCACACAUUUGUCUGAGGAAGCUGCAGGAGGAGCUGGCAGUGGCACAGAGCAUGCUUCUGGAAAAGGAGGCCUUCAUUGGCAGGCUCACCAGGGAGCUGUCAGAGAGCAGAGCCAGAGUGUCGGACAUGAGAGGGGAGCUGAGCGAGGAGCAGAAGGUGGAACUGGAGAAGAACCAGAGCCGCCUGAAACACCGGGAGCGGGAAGUGAACCAGCUCAGGGAGAAGCUAUCCCAGAUGUCCAACCUUGUGGAGGAGAAGGAUCGAUCCCUGAAAGCAGCAGCUGAAGAGUUAAGGCGAGCCCAAGCCCGCUGCCAGGUGCUGAGGGACGCUUCCCAACAAACAGUGGAAAAGCCUGAGGAUGCUCCCAGGACACCAGUGCGGGCGGGUGAAGCCUCCCAGAGGGUGCCACCGCUGGACUUGGCUGACCUCGGUGCAAAAUGCCGAGGCCUCAGGCACCAGGAAACGAUCCAGCGGCAAAAGGAAGGUUUGGCUGAGCUCCGGGAGAGAGUAAAGAUGCUGGAGAAGAGGCAGAGCUCAGGUGCUGUGAAGAAGGGUUUGGAGCCACGGGUGAAAGACUUACCGGAGGAGAUAGUCCAGCACACACGGCUUGAGAUGGAGCCUGCACCCAUGUCAGGAACAAAAUUGAAGGCUGGCAAGGCUCCUGGCCACGUUCCUAAUGGGGGCUCCCUCAGGAUCACCAAUAGGGCAGCGAGUUUGGAGAUGGCUGAGGUGACAGACCCCAGUGAGAAGAUGUACCUUGAUGUGAUCGGUGCUCUGGGAAGCCUGAUGGAGAUGAAGGAGCUGUCGGGAAUGCAGCCUCUGCAGCACCUUCCUCUGGAGGAGAGGGAAGAAGUGGGACUGCAGAGACAGAGGGCCCUGGAGCUGCUGUACAAAAAGAUCAGGAACCUCCAGCAUCGCCUGGAAAGGAAAGAAGAAAUGCUAAAAGAUUAUGAGGGAAGCAUGGAGCAGCUAAGGCAGAACCAAGCAUCCCUGCGAAGGUGUCAGGAGGAGAUGUCCAACCUGGAAGAGGAAGCCCACAGGGAGGCAGAAGAGAAGGCUCUGCUGCGAGAGGCUCUGGAGAGGACACAGCUCCAGCUGGAGCAGGAGAAGAGGCUGCGGCGAGCGGCCAAACGGCACAAGCCUGGAGCCACGAAGCCUCUCUGCUCAGGCAAGCCAAGAGCCAAAGAGCACACAGCAGAUGCUGUCAAGAAGGGAAGCUCACAGGGGAGGCACCACAGGGGCGUUCAGCAGGUGAUGGUCUGCGGUAGGAACGAGUCACCCCUAUAAACUCUGUGAUGGUGGAGCAGGCUUGAGAUGUGGGUGCACUUUGAGUAGCUCCUGUAGGUAUCCUGUAGCUCCUGGGCACACUGGUGUGACAGUACAGUGUGUAGGACCUAAUUUGCCAGCAGUCUGUGCCCCACACAGCAUGGUGGGAUUUAUGGCAAUGGAAGAGGUGGUGAGGAUACAACCCAACCUAUACGUGUGUGUAUAUAUAUUUGUGUGUGUAAA